UCCGGAGUACGGGUAGAAAUGGGGCCGGGCGGCGGCGGGGCAGCAGUGUGGGGAUGGCCGUGCGGCGCCAUGAGGCUGGCGCGGGUGCUGUUGCUGUGGGCACUCGCGUGCCGUGGGGGCGCCCUGUUCGUUUCCGGGGCAGGUCUUCUUGAGAUGUCUCUGGGAAAGUUUAGAAAUGUCCUGCUUAAUGAGACUAACCCAGUGGAAGCUGUAAUAAGGAACAUUGCAAGCAACGUGACUCUCAUUAUUUUUCAAGCUCAUGCCCAGCAAAAAGAUGUCACAGUAUCCUUUGAUAAGUUUCCCUCUACAAAUAACUCUGCAACUGGAGCAGACAGAGGGUUAAUUUCCAUCCUUCAUCCUCAACAGAGCAUAUGUACGUGGUACCUACAGUCUCUUGAAGCUAACCAGGUGUUCAGCACAGCUGUUUCUAUCCCUUAUACAGCAAGAGACCCUAUCCCUGGAGGUUGCAAUCUUGAAUUCAGCUUGGAAGUUGAUCCUAAUAUUUAUUUGGAGUAUAAUUUAGUUGACACUCGCAUCAAGUUUGCUCCAGCUAACCUGGGAUCUACCAGAGGUGAGAGUCCUCCUUCAUGUGAUUCUGGUACUGGACAGAAUUCUAGAUGGCGACUACACUAUGAUAUCUAUCAGUAUUUCUUGCCAGAGAAUGAUCUUUCAGAAAUAACACUCAUGAGCCACCUACGGAAGAUGUCAGACGUGAAGAGCAUCAAAGCUAAUGGCGUGAAAAUGAUUACCUUAACAACUAAUGACAAAACUGAUGCUUACUUUUCCUCGCUUCCUGGACAAGGUGUCAUCUACAACAUCAUUGUUUGGGAUCCACUCUGGAACACCUCUGCAGCAUAUGUACCUGCUCAUACAUAUGCUUGCAGCCUUGCUACCCCAGUGGAUAACUGUUUUUCUCCCACCAAACUCCCUACCAAAAUAUUCUUCACCAUUCUUGCUGUCCUUGGCCUCUUCAUUUGUUUCUUUGGACACAGGUUCUGGAAAACAGACUUGUUCUACAUGGGCUUCAUCUUCAUGGGAUUAUUUUUCUUUGUAUUAAUUACAAGAGUGACUAACCUUGGUUAUGAUGCCUGCCUGAUUCUGACUGCUGUAGCUGGAAUUGUUGGAGGGCUUCUCCUGGUUGCUUAUUGGUGGAGGUUUGGUUUUGUCCCACUCUGCAUGGUGCUUGUUGGACUUAUGCUGGGACUCCUCUUUUCAUCGGUGAUCUUCUUCACUCCACUAGGAGAUUACAGGGUUUUUCGUGACGAUGCUGUGUUUUGGGUGACCUUUUCUUGCAUAGCCUUGAUGAUUCCAGUAGUCUUUGUUGGCUGUCCAAGAAUUUUGAACAUACUGGCUUGUGGCAUAGUAGGCUCUUACUCAGUGGUUUUAGCUAUUGCUUGUUACCUGUACACGAGCCUUGCUUACAUCACCCUGGACCUGCUCCGGAGAAUUCUGAAGAAUGACUUCAGCAGAGCUUAUACUAAUGUGCCCUUCCAAACAAAUGAUUUUAUCAUCCUGGCAGUCUGGGCAAUGCUGGCACUUGGCGGAGUAACAGUGCAGCUUCGCCGAGAAAGAGGCGAGGUACCCUUCCCACCACACCCUUAUCGGAUCUGGAAGCGAGAAAGGGAGCGUAGGAGCACCAAUAUCCUGGAUCCCAGCCACCACGUCCCUCCGCUGAGAGAGAGGAUCCAUAACAAACUAUUGCAGAUCAGGGAACUCUUCCGGAAAGAGCAAGCAGCUGGGGAAAGAACUCCACUACUUCUUUGACUGACUGACCCAACACUGGUGACAUCAGCUAAAAAGGGCUCUAAGAAUUUACUGGACUAAGGAUGUUUGUGGACCAACAUCCAUCCAGCAGUGCUAGACUGAGUUCUUAUUGCCUAGUCCUGCUUCAGAGAGUGUGCUGGACAUGGAAGAUAAAUGGUGUAUUGGACACUAGCCUAUGCCACUUUUUUUAAAUGGCUCACUUGCCCUACUGUACUAUGCAACUCUUGCUGGCUGUAGAGAGCUUGUACUAAGGUUGGAGUACACAGAGUGCAAUGACCAAGGUGUUCGUCUUGUGUUUUGAAAUACUUAAUGUGCAGGUACAACAAGAUUAAGACUAAAAAAAAUUUAAGAAAGUUCCUUGUGAUCAAAAUGUGCCGUGUCAGAAUUCUACCCUUGUCUUGCAAAAAUCCCAUCCAAAAUACCUAUCUCUGUUCCUAAUGAAUGUGCACAUUCUGUGCUUAACAUGCAAGGGAAGAAUGAUGCUGAAGACUAUAUAUUGAAGGAAGUACCUUUUUUAACUGCAGUGUCAUUGCCUAUUAAACCUUCAAAAUAGGUACAAAACCCACAUCUCUAAAUACAAGAACUAUUUUUUAACUGUUGUUGAACCAUGAUAAACUACCAAGAAACUUGUGAGUUUAAAUUGCACUGGAUUCAUGCUUCUGUAUUCCUGUGUGCCUAGAUUCAAGAACUAGGCUCUUGAUCUGGGAAGGAAUAAGAGAAGCUCUUGCUGCCCUUGCUUUAAGCUGGUUUUGAUAUCAGUUCUGUAGCAAGCUGUUCAUCUGGUCUAUGCCUAGUAGUAAUGUACAGAGAUGAUGGCUACUAAUAGAACACAAAAGGUUUCCUGCC